AUGUUGCCAGACACAUAUGAUGUGGUGGUGACCACUGGCAGCUUGGCUGAGAACCAUAUGCCUGUUCAAUCCAUCGAUGAAUUUAUCCGGAUCUCCAAGCCAGGUGGUCUGGUGAUAAUUGUGACGGAUGUGAAGUACCUGACGACAGUGGAGGCUUACAAGGACAAGCUGGAGCCACACAUGGAGCGCCUCGAACAACAGGGAUUGUGGCACAAGGAAGUAAGGACGGUGGUGCCAAACUAUGGCAAUACGUGUGAUGCAGUGGUGUACAUCUAUCGUGUUGUGAGGAACUAGGUCCCAGCCAACAGCUGCGACGUUUACUGUGUUCCUCAAGACUAACUUCAAUACUAUAUUCAGUAAUUGUUUCAAGCAACUUCCCCACUAUGGACAUUUAACUAACUGGUCGAUAGGUGGUGGAUGUGACCUUCAUCCAACUGUACCAGAAGUAUCACCACGUUGUCAGAGGCCAGGUCACAGACCGAGCCGCAAGGACAGUGAUCCCCGGAAUCCCAGUAGUCACGUUUGCAGCCCUCCAUGAUUCAGGCGGCCUGCAUGCCACUAGUGACUUAUUAAUAUUUGACUGGGCUUACUAUGCUAAUGUCAAACCUUUUCUGAAUGUUUAUAAAUACUCCAACUGGUACUGGAGUUCCUGUUUUUCUUGUGAGUUUAAAAAUAUUCUGAGUUAUGUUUAACUUUGUAAGUUAUAUUUUUGGUUUAUAGAUAUCCUGAGUUAUGCUUAACUUUUUCAGUUACAUCUUUUUUGCUUAUAGAAAUCCUGAGUUAUGCCUAACUUUGCCAGUUAUAUCUUUUUCAAUGCAUCUGCAAAUUUAUUGAAUCAAAUCUUCAACUGUAAAGACUAAAAUAAAAAAAAUCAAUUUA